CCUUAUUCAUGGAGCUCAUUGUUUCAACAAAACCUCAGAUCGUUCCUCUGGGAAGUAACUGGAAGGGACUCUAGGUUCUCCCUGCCCUGGGGUGGACACCAUGGACCCUCUGUUGGCUUUCCUUUGCCUGCUGUCCCUGUGCCCAGGCCUGGUGGCCAAUGCUGCUCCCUCCUGCCCUCAGAAUGUGAAUAUCUCUGGUGGCACUUUCACUCUCAGCCAUGGCUGGGCCCCUGGGAGCCUCCUCACCUACUCCUGCCCCCAGGGCAGUUAUCCAGUCCCUGCAUCGCGGCUGUGCAAGAGCAAUGGACAGUGGCAGACCCCGAAAUCCACCCUGAGAUCCAGCUGGCUCGUUAAAGCGGUCUGCAAACCUGUUCGCUGUCCAGCCCCUGUUACCUUUGAGAACGGUGUGUACACCCCUCGGCUGGGAUCCCACCCUGUGGGUGGCAACCUGAGCUUUGAGUGUGAGGAUGGCUUCACACUGCGGGGCUCGUCUGUGCGGCACUGUCGUCCCAACGGCAUGUGGGAUGGACAGACAGCCGUGUGUGACAAUGGGGCUGACCACUGUCCCAACCCUGGCAUUUCGGUGGGUGCUGUGCGGACUGGCUCCCGCUUUGGCCUUGGGGACAAGGUCACAUAUCGCUGCUCCUCGAAUCUGGUGCUGACAGGGUCUGUGGAGCGGGAGUGUUUGAACAACGGGGUCUGGAGUGGGACAGAGCCCAUCUGCCGUCAGCCCUACUCUUACGACUUCCCUGAGGAUGUGGCCCCUGCCCUAGGAACCUCCUUGUCCCACCUGCUUGGAGCCACCAAUCCCACCCAGCAGAGGAAGGAAAACCUGGGCCGUAAAAUCCAAAUCCAGCGCUCAGGUCACCUGAACCUCUACCUACUCCUGGAUGCCUCUCAGAGUGUGUCAGAGGAUGACUUUAAGAUCUUCAAGAACAGUGCUUCUCUCAUGGUGGACAGGAUCUUCAGCUUUGACAUCAAUGUUAGCGUUGCCAUUAUCACGUUUGCCUCACAGCCCAAAAUUAUCAUGUCUGUCCUGAAUGACAAAUCCCGGGAUGUGACCGAAGUCAGCAGCAGUAUGGAAAAUGUGGACUAUGCAGAUCAUAGAAACGGAACUGGGACCAACAUCUAUGAAGCCCUAAAUAGUGUCUACAUCAUGAUGAAUAACCAAAUGCAGCGUCUUGGUAUAGAAAGCAUGGGCUGGAAGGAAAUCCGACAUGCCAUCAUUCUUCUGACAGAUGGAAAGUCCAAUAUGGGUGGCUCUCCUAAGCCAGCGGUUGACAACAUCAGAGAAAUGCUAAACAUCAACCAGAAAAGGAAUGACUACCUAGACAUCUAUGCCAUUGGGGUGGGAAAGCUGGAUGUGGACUGGAGAGAAUUGAAUGAGCUGGGGUCCAAGAAGGAUGGUGAGAGACAUGCCUUCAUCCUGCAGGACACACAGGCUCUGCAGCAGGUCUUUGAGCACAUGUUGGAUGUCUCCACGCUCACUGACACCAUCUGUGGAGUGGGGAACAUGUCAGCCAAUGCCUCCAACCAGGAGAGGACACCCUGGCAUGUCAUUAUUAAGUCCAAGAGUCAGGAGACCUGUCGGGGGGCUCUCAUCUCUGACCAGUGGGUCCUGACAGCAGCUCACUGCUUCCACAAAGCUAAGGACCAUUCCCUGUGGAGGGUCAACGUGGGUGAUCCAGACUCCCAGUGGGGCAAAGAAUUCCUUAUUGAGGAGGCAGUGAUCCCCUCAGGGUUUAAUGUCUGUGCAAAGAAGGACCAGGGAAUCUUGGAAUUCUACGGUGAUGACAUCGCCCUGCUGAAGCUGGCCCAAAAAGUGAAGAUGUCCACCCAUGCCAGGCCCAUCUGCCUUCCCUGCACCAUGGAGGCCAAUAUGGCUCUGCGGAAACCCCAAGGCAGCACUUGUCAGGACCAUGAAAGAGAACUUCUGAACCAACAGAGCAUUCCUGCUCAUUUUGUGGCCUUGAAUGGGAGCAAACUGAACAUUAACCUCAAGACAGGGCCACAGUGGACAAGCUGUAUCCAGGUUGUCUCUCAAGACAAAAAAACGUUCCCCAACUUAACAGAUGUCAGAGAGGUGGUGACAGAUCAGUUCCUGUGUAGUGGGACUCCAGGGGAUGAGAAUCCCUGCAAAGGAGAAUCUGGGGGAGCAGUUUUCCUUGAACGGAGAUUCAGGUUUUUCCAGGUGGGCCUGGUGAGCUGGGGUCUCUACAACCCUUGUUUUGGCGCCACCAACAAAAAUUCCCGCAAAAAGGCUUCCCCUGGCGUCCCAUCGCCCCGGGACUUCCACAUUAAUCUUUUCCGCCUGCAGCCCUGGCUGAGGCGGCACCUGGAGGGCGUUCUGAACUUUUUGCCCCUUUAACAAUGGCCACGGACUCCUUUUGCUCUCCUGCCAGGAUCUGCUCCCAUCUCCUACCUCUGAAUGUUCACCCUCAGACCCCAUGACCCAUCCUCACUCCUACCUGCGUAAAUCCUGGGCUCCAGAGGCCAGAGGCAGUACACACAGCUGGGGAAUCCCCAAGGCUGGUGCCCGCAGGAUUGCCCAUGCUCAAAUCCCUACCCCC